AUGAUGCUUCGGUCUGUGGCCGCCAUUGACCUCUCACACAACUACCUCACGGGCGACCCAGUGAAGCCCGCAGGGGUGAAUGCUGAUUUCUCCUACAACUACCUCUCAGGCCCUCGCCCGGAGGAUGCGUGGGACUCUCUGGGUGCCAACUGCUUCUUAAUGCCUGCUGGGGAUACCUCAGCGGAGCAGCGGCCCAACUUCUUGUCGAUACCCACCCACCUAACCCGGCCAUGCUUCAUUCUCCUCCGAUUCUCUUCUUCCUUCCAUCACUCUGAUGCAGAAACGGUUAUUGCCUCUCCGCUGGACAGGGAUAUUCUCCCCCCAUCAACCGUGCUCAUUGCGGGGACCAGGAAGGAAGCAAGGGGGAUGUUCACCAGCGAGGCGGUGCCCCUGUUUGUGUACGAGAAAGGGCGGGAGGAUCCCGGUUGCGGAUUCGAGCUGGCCUUUACCGUCAACUUCACCUUUGCCCUUUCACCCAAAGGCAAGGCAGUGUCCAACGGGUUUGCGUUUGUGGUGUCUGCAACAAGCACGGUGGGGAGCAGCGAUGGAGUGGGGUAUGGCGGGAUGAACAGCCGCAGCAUGGCGAUCGAGUUUGACGUGCUUCAGAACAAGCCGCACGGCGACAUGAAAGAGCAGCACGUGGGACUGAAUAUCAACGGGCAGGACAAGUCCUUGGCUGCUGUGAAAUCCCCAUUUAUGCUGGCCAACAAGCAGGCAUACACGGCAUGGGUGGAUUACCAGCCUGGCGAUCCCGGCACCAUCCAGGUCUUUCUCGCCAAUACAGCAGUCAAGCCCGCCAAGGCGCUCCUGGAGAGGCGCCUGUCGCUGUGUGAGGUGCUGCAGCCGGGGCCACCUCAGCCGGAGCAGGUGCAGAAUCAGCGACCCCGGGCGUUCUUCUUUGGCUUCGUGGCCGCCACCUCCACUAAGCCAUUCAUGAUCCACACGGUCCUGCGCUCUGCUCUGCGCACAGGUGUGGUGGAGCUUUGUGAUUGUGAUGGUUUUGGUGGUGGUGAUGGCGAUUGUGGUGGUGAUGUUGAUGGUGAUGGUGAUGGUGAUGCUGAUGCUGCUGAUGAUGAUGAUGAUGAUGAUGAUGAUGAUGAUGAUGAUGAUGAUGAUGAUGAUGAUGAUGAUGAUGAUGAUGAUGAUGAUGAUGAUGAUGAUGAUGGUGGUGGUGAUGAUGAUGAUGAUGAUGAUGAUGAUGAUGAUGAUGAUGAUGAUGAUGAUGAUGAUGAUGAUGAUGAUGAAGAUGAUGAUGAUGAUGAUGAUGAUGAUGAUGAUGAUGAUGAUGAUGAUGAUGAUGAUGAUGAUGAUGAUGAUGAUGAUGAUGAUGGUGAUGGUGGUGGUGGUGGUGAUGAUGAUGAUGAUAAGAAUGAUAGUGCCUUGGGCCUGAGUCUCACUGUGAACACGUAUGCGCCGGUUCGGGCGAGCCCGUUCCCGCGCUAUGUGAGUGCGGACUAUCGAGUGGCGGCAGGGAAGCAGGACUCGUGGGUCUUCAGGGACCUUCACUCCUGGGACUCCGUGCCCUUCCUCGGCUGGCCCGUCAAGAACCAGGGCGACUGCAAUGCGUGCUGGGCGUAUGCAGUGGUGGCGAGCAUAGAAGCAGCAUACGGCAUCGCAACGAAUGGAGAGGCGCCGCAGCUGUCAGUGGACUCGCUCUUUGCAGCCAUGGGGCUCACCUCUCAAGCAGACAAGUGCACCGCUGGAGGCUCCCCGACUGACGCCUUUGAGAAGCUGCUUUCUCUGCCCAAAGGAGGACUGACAAUGACAGGGAACGUGAAAGCAACGUACCCAGUUCAGGGAUUUGAGCGCACAGCCUUCAAGGGGUAUGUGGGGCUCAUGCUGGCAGUGCAGCGGCAGCCAGUGGUGGUUCACAUCGAAGCCUCUGCUGCCACUUUCGCCACAUAUGAUGGGACCUUCAAGUACCAAGACCCGGGGUGCUAUGCCGGCAACCUGAACCAUGUCGUACUAGUCAUUGGCUACUUCGUCUUAAGGAAUGAUGGGAGCGAAAACCGUAUUGCUCCGCCGUUUUGGAUCAUCCGCAACUCGUGGGGAGUCGAGUGGGGAGACAGGGGGCACAUGCGCAUGGACAUUCAAGGAGGGGAUGGUGUGUGCGGCAUCAACGUGCUGCCUGGCAUCUACCCCAUUGUCAAGAUCCCGAAGGAUCCAUGUGGCAGCAAGAGUUACAAGGGCGAUGGUGACUUGCAGCCCAGCAUGAACCCGUGUGGCCGAUUUACCUGCAAGGCCAACACCAAGACCGAUAGCAACUCAUGCACCUGCUCGCUCCCCUCUCAGACCGCUCAGCCAUUUGUGGAGGCCACUAAUGGUUAUGGCAAGACAUGCGCCUAUGGUGAGACAUGCGCCUAUGUGGACGUGUGUGGGUCGUACUUCAAGAACCCCUGUGCCGUGGGCACAUGCAUCAACGAUGGCAAGGGCUCCUACUCCUGCAUCUGCCCUCCCAACCACGUCCCCAGCCGAACCAUCGACAGAUUUCCCACCUGCGACCCAGUCAAUGAAACCGUCACCAGCAUGGCUGUGAGUGGCAGCAACUGGCAGUGCGCGGACGUGUAUUCUCUCGUGGGCCUCACCUUCACUCAGUUCACAGAGCAGAACCCGAGCGACACAUGCAUAUCGAUUAGCGAAUCAGUGGGUAUAACCAAGGAUGAUCUCAUGGCUCUCAACCCCGGCCUUGACUGCACCCAAACCAUCAAGUCCGGCCGCUCCCUCUGUGUGGAGCGCAAUGAGACAUAUGCCUACACAACCCCCGAGUGUGUCAAGUACGCCACCCUCACAGAGCGAGACACGUGUGAGCACCUGCUGAAAGGGUCCGGAAACCAAAUCGAGCCCUCCUCCUGGGCUGAGCUCUACCGCAACAACCCCGGCCUUGUCUGCUCCAACACCGUCCCUGGCUCUGCCUCUGCUGUUGGCAGCAACAUUGGUGUGCAGGUGAGGGGUGAAACGGAGAGUGGGAACAAGGAGAGGGGAGGGAUGUGCGGGGCGGAGUACUGGUCGUUUCAGCUUGGCCGGUGCAACAAGGGCCGCUCCAAGGCAGUGUCGCCAUCGCUCACAUGUUCUGGAGCUUACAGCAUGUAUGGUGGCACCAUGAGCACUGCAGCGGCCAUGUUUUCUGAUUACAACGGCAAGGCCUGUGCUGGGAAGGUUGGAGCUAAGUACAUCUCGGAAAAUGCGCCCCCCUCUCCAGGCGCCGCACCAACCCCGACAGUGGCACAAGUGGUGGUGAAGCUAGGCUUUCUGCUCUCUGUGCAGGAGCGCAACCUCGAGAUCCCUCUCAAUCUCGCUCGUGAAUGCUACGAUAUGCUACGCUCUUUCCUUCAACAGGGUGCGUCAUUUCACUCUACCUCAUCCCUCUACACAGUUCCACCGCUCCACCGCAGGGUAUCAGCUGUGCAAGUGGCGCUAUACGUGCUCUCCACCCACUACUCGGGCUUCACAGCCCCCUUUCCAGGCCAUCGAAUGCAUCGCAUGGAGUGCUGCAGUUGGCGCAGACGCGCUGGUGAAGCAGGGCGUGGUGGGCAUGGUUGGGCCUGCGUGCAGCGAAGCGGCUGUGGGUGCACGGGGAUCUUGAUGGUGUCAUUCGCUGCCACGGCUGUCGCGCUGCGGAAACGCACCGACGCGCAGGUGGACCAGCUCCAGAGGAAGCAUCUCCUCGUGUUCCACUCCGCCAAGACCUAUGGCAAGGCGCUUGCCUACGAUGUGGCGCAAGAGCCCCAGCUGAAGGGGUCGGAGGAUAUGGGAGUGGUGCCCGCCGUGCUGCCAAGAACCGCCUCUUGCCUCCGGGCUGCCGCUAGCAAGCCCUCGAGUGAAGUUGGUGAUAUCCCCUCCGCAACUGUCUCCUAUCUGCCCCCUUUCAGACCAUCGUCGCCUAACCCCCUCCCCUCCUCCGCAACCCCUCACUCUCCCCACUGCUCUCUCCUCCUCUUCUAUAGCUACCGAACCCUUAGGCGAGCAGCCAUUUGCCCUGCUCAAGUCGUAAUGGCAGUAGUAGUCAUACGCUGCAUUCCCGUGCCUGCUCACCUUCGAGGCCUCCCCGCGCUUCUCCACCCCCCGGCCCUUCGCGCGUCCCUGUUGGCCUUGCACCUACUUGCCUGCUUCAAUGACCCCCCUUCUGACUGCGUGUCCUUCCUGGGAGCCACGGGGCACGUGCACUUUGACUCCGACUCGGGCGAGCACAGCAAGCCUGUGGGGGAGUGGGUGGAGCAGCAGCAGCCACGGCUUAACUUGACACAAGGGACACCGUUGCUGCGACCAGCUGACCCUGCUGCCACUGCUGGAGGAGACACAGCCGCCAUUGGAGAGAACAGCAGCAACAACAGCAGUAGCAGUAACAGCAAUAGAAGCACUGAUAGUGCCGCUGUUUCUGCUCCAUCACAGCCGUCAGCGGCUGAUCAGGUAAGGGUUUCAUGCAGGAGUAUGAUUGAAAAGGUGGUAGGUGAUGAUAGGGGGGAGUAG